GUGUGGCUGAGAGCAGAAUGACUGUGUUGAUAACAUGAGAGAGUGCACAGGAAAGACAGGGCGACGGGUGGUGUGUGUGUGUAUCAGUAUGUGGCUGCGUGUGUGUGUGUGUGUGUGUGUGUCACUCACACACGCAAAAGUAGACGGUCAUAACUCUGCAAUAGAGGGAAGGAGCUAGAAGCUGCCGACAAACACAUUAUGAUGAAACUGUGCGCGGAUUUAAAGGCGUCUGGAUUAAGAAAUCACUUGAUCAUAAACAACAGGACAGAGCCUGGAAAUAAGAAAACUGACAAUCAUGGCAUCCCCACACACUUUGUCAUCACUGGAUAACGUGUCACAGGAUGGCAACUUCUCAAGAGACUCGGAUCUGUCAGCAAGCUCUUUGGAGUACACAGAUCUGGUUCUGCUCGGUGUUGCGAUGGCCAUUCUCGUUCUGGCCAUAGUUUUUGGUAAGUUUGACACAUUUCUUCAAUUGAUUGGUUGGUUGAGGAAUCAAAUUUACUCUUUUGUCUUGUGUCAAGGAAACGUCCUCGUAAUUACGGCCAUCCUGCGGUUCCAGCGGCUUCAGACUGUCACCAACCUCUUCAUUGCCUCUCUGGCUGUCGCUGACCUCAUCAUGGGCUUGGUAGUCGUGCCCUUUGGGUCCAGCUACAUUCUCCUGGAGCGCUGGCAGUUUGGAAACUUCAUGUGUGAGUUCUGGACAGCGGCUGAUGUGCUGUGUGUGACAGCCAGUAUCGAAACACUGUGCGUGAUCGCACUGGAUCGCUACCUUGCCAUCACCAUGCCGCUCCGCUAUCCAAUGCUUCUCACCAGGGGUCGGGCUUUGGCGGUGAUCCUUGGUGUGUGGGUAGUGGCCUCUCUCAUCUCCUUCCUGCCCAUUCACCUGAAGUUGUGGGUGUCACAGGAGGAGCCGGCUCAACGGUGCUUGGCCGACAUGUACUGCUGUGACUUCAACACCAACGCGGCAUAUGCUGUGUCCUCCUCUAUCGUGUCGUUCUACCUGCCGCUGGUGGUGAUGAUUUUCUUGUACACCCGGGUCUUCCAGGAGGCCCAGAAACAGUUGGAGAAGAUAAGGGGGAGGAAGAAGCAUUUCUAUAAUUUACAUUAUACGGCACAUCUGGCUUAUCCUGAUGACAGUCCCGCAAUGAAUAAAUUGAGGGCAGGAGCUGGCGUGGGGACGCAAGCAGGAGAGGACAAGCUAAAUAUGCAAAACACAGAAGGUGUGGACGCAACUCAAGAAGAAGUUGGGGGAGAGAACAGAGCAAGGACGGAAAAAGGGGAAGGAAGACACUCUGCCGCUAAACGUCUGAAGUUCUGUUUGAAGGAGCACAAGGCUGUAAAAACUCUGGGGAUUAUCAUGGGAACCUUCACACUGUGUUGGCUGCCCUUCUUUAUCCUCAACAUCCUCAUGACCUGCCUCCACUUGGGUGAUAUUACGCUGCUUUUCAGACUCCUGAACUGGCUAGGUUACUCCAACUCAGCCUUCAACCCGCUCAUCUACUGCCGCAGCCCUGAUUUCAGAUACGCCUUCCAGGAAAUACUCUGUUUGAGGGCCAAGGGAGGAGGCUGGGGCGGGAGGAGAGGAGGAUGGGGAUGUUGCAGUAAGAGAGAUUGGUACACCAAGAACUCCGGUAGGACAAAUGGGGACCUGAACGGUGUCAAAGAACUGGGCGCGCACCAGAGGUCAGGAUGGGAGGGCAGUGUGGACGGAUCUCUCCGAGACAGCCCGCUCAGUCUGGCCUCCCCUUCUUCUUCAUGUGAGCAGGUUUUAGAAGUAGCUCCAGGUUCUCUGACAAACCAGCGGGCGAACACUUCUGCUAAUGGAAGGUGUAAGGAACAUCGGGCAUCUAUUGCUUGACCUGAUAGGAUAUUAGAAUUCACACUUAGGAGUUACCAAUGAUUUGAUGAAGCUUAUCAUAAUGUUUUGUAUGGUUUGAGGCUGUAGCUUUGUUGUCAGUCUGUUAAAUGUGUUUCUCUCAAUGUCCGUGGGUUUUACUUGUGUUUACGGUGUCAUUUUUCUGCUAAUAACACUGUAGAUCACAACCAAAGGUGUCACAUCAGGAUAAGCAGCGCCCAAAGCUGAGAGUCCAUAUGGUUUUUUUUAGAAACCCCCUAAAUUUUAGGGUCAGCUAUAGUUGACUGCAAUGACAUGAUGAUUGGAAAUCCCACGAUCUAAGGCCCAGGGCCACUAGCUGGAUGCCCCAAAGAUUACUUUUGGGCCCACUGACAUUCUUGUAAUGACCCUGAUAACAACAACAAAGGCAGCGACACCGUAAACUAUGGUCUGCAGCAUGUGUCUGCUUUAAAACAGGUCUGACUUAAACCUUCAAACAACUGCAUUCACAGAGUGAAGCCAAACAUUUGGAUCUUCAGCAGACUAGUGCUUAAACCAGGGCUAUCACUGAAAGACAUUUGUGUUUCUGUAAAUCCCAUGUUUAUCUCCGGAUAACAGACAGGCAACGUUAUAAUGGGCUGCAUAUGAUUUUCUACUGACAUAAAGGGCAAAUAAAAGAUUUAAGGACACAUGUGCUUUUAAAUGCAUUGCUGUGUGUACGUGAAAGCGUUCAAUAACUGCUGGAUAUAUAUAAAAAAAAAGACAGUAAAAAACAGCAAUGAAAUAUCUGGCAUGCUGAUGCAUUCCAAAAUGCUUAUUCAAUGAAGUAUGAAGCAAAACCUGUGAAGUUGUAACAAAAACUGCCAAUCAUCAAUGGACUGUGUUUAUCUUUGCAUUUCUGAAUGUUUAGUAAUGUACUGCUGCUCAUGAACAUUAUUGUCAUGCUUCUGUACUCAGACCGGAGACAGAUUUUCAUAAUUAUUACAUGAUUAUUACAUUUAAAUCACAGCGAUUGAAGAGAAGCGUGCAAUUUGAAUUGUCUUGCAAAAUGACAAUGGUCAAUGGUUAAAGACCUUUAUAGAUGGCUUUAAUUUAACAUUUAACGUGCCAUAUGAAUGUUCAUCUAUUUAUAUAGUCGUCGGCGAAGACUAACUGGGGCUGAGACACCACCUGAGCAACGUCCAAACCAACUGCAGCUUAUGUGUAACCAAAGGGCUGAAUGCACACGCCUGAAUUUAGCACCACGUGUACAAUGCUAAUGGCUACAAACGUGCAUCCAAACAAAGCGCCCACCAAGCAGAGACGGGCGGGAAAAAAAACACUUUAUUUGCCCUCUGACUAAAAGUCUUAGUUGAAGGAGAGUCACAUUUCAGGCUCACAAAAAAACAAACUCAAACAAUCCAAAACAGGCCAUUCCUUCCUGAUAAACCUCACAUGACGGUCCAAACUCAUUAAGUGCUGUGUAUUUAUGUGUCAGAUAAACAUGAAAGACCCAGACAUGUCACUUUCAUAACUGCGCAGUCUCUCCCUCUGUUCUGGUCCUUUCAUCCCAGAACAGAACAGAGAGAUAUGAUGUUUCCCUCCAGAACAUUAUAUUUACAUCUGCUUUAGAUGGGUUUUUUUUUUUAUAGGUAUAUGUUAUCUGUCAGACAGGGGCGGGGAGAUCAUUUUCAUGUACUGUUUCCAUAACAUCACAUAACACUGUACAAACAUCGCUUUAUCCUCAGGUACAACCGGAACAGGUCAGCAGUUCAUCACAGAUGAUUAACUAUUCACUCUCACGGUCAAUUCAGAGUGUCCAACUAAUCUAAUCCCCCAUUUACCCGAGAGAGAGAACCCUCAUGCACACGGGGAGAGACCGUCUUGCUGUGAGCCAACAAUGUCUCCCACAGACCCCACAGAUGGGUCAUGGGAGACAUUUUUGGCUUCAGGUUUUUCAGGCUUUUACUUAGAAACUAUUUAUUGUUUUGAAUAACACAUGUUUUACCUCAGCCAAGAUAACAUCAGGUGUUAAAGUCUGUAAGUUAAGUUAUAUUAGUGGCAGUAAAAAUAGUCCGGAAUGUUCUAUAUAAUGCACAUAUUUAUAAUGCGCUUCAUAUUUGUCAUUGUUUUUUUUUUAAAGGGUCCCUGUGUGAUAUAAGUUUUGGAAAAACAGAUAUACAUUAUUAUAUACUCUGUAUGUAUAUUUAUAGUGUGUACACAUUUUGGAAAUAUCCUCCCCAUGCAGCCCUGCAUCGACUUGACAAAUAACUAUGUGAAAUGUUAAAAAAAAGAAAGAAAGAAAAAUGAGGAUCAAUAACAGGUGACUGUUUACUCUAAAUAUGAUCUGCAUACUGUACGUCUGCCUGUGUGUAUGUUUUGUGCACAUGUUAUUAUUGACUGUUUUAAAACUUGAAGCAUGUUGUUGGAUAUUGUAGCUGGGGUAAAAAAAAGCUGAGUUUAAAAUGCUUUCUGGCGAUUGUCUGAAUUCACAGGCACUGAUUGUACUGUCCUGUAUAAUAAACCUAAUUUAUGUGGUUCUCCAAAAGGUAAGAAAGGAGAUAAAGUA